AUGCCAGUGAUACCAGAAAUGGAGGAAUAUGUCAACUGGGAUAUGGCCGCCCUCCCAACUACCGGGGAGGGCCUGGACUUUACUUCUUCGUCAGCCAACAUGGCCACCGUGCCUGCUCUUGGAGCAGCUGGAGCCACUGAACAUCUCCAGGACCUCGAUCUCGCCCUGGAGAAUGCAGAGGGGGAUGAUUUCUCCUUUUGGGCAUUGGAGCACUUUGAGAACAACAUCUCGCCUACACUCGACGGGACGCUAGACGCAAACACUUGCAUUGGCCUUAAAGGUCUCGACAGAACCGGGCCGUUCGAAGAAGAUCUGGACCUCCCCGACGUCCCGUGCACCAACUGUCAGCUUGGAGGCUAUCAGUGCAAGCGUAUUCCAGAGGGUCAGUACAAGGGCUAUUGCACCAGCUGCAUUGCCCUGUGCUCUGAAUGCAGCUUUGCGGAGACCACCGGUGCUGGCCGCGCCGUCGGCUUCCCUUCCAAUCCUUGGCCCAUCAUGGGCGACCACCCUAUGGGUAUCCCGCAGGAGGAAGCCCAUGCUGGGGCUGCCCUGAGCGGAAGCCAGCCUGCUGCCGCAACCGAGAACACCACGUCUGAACCUGCUCGAGCAACCUCCAAGACCAGGACUGGUGUUCGGUUCUCCAGAGAAGAACUGAAGAUCCUAAAGAACUGGCUCUCGACUCACAGCAGGCAUCCUUAUCCUACCGAAGAGGAGAAGGAGAUGUUACAGAAGCAGACAGGUCUUAGCAAGACCCAGAUCACCAACUGGCUUGCCAACACCCGACGCAGAAACAAGAACGCUGUUGCCCAGCGGUCCACCUCACCGGGCGUGAGGACGUGGACCAAACCUAUCGACAUUGCCGGAAGACGAGGUGCCGCGUCUUUCGAGCUCAUGAAUCCCCUUCAGCGUUGGCAGGUAUCUCCGCCGGAAAAUGAACCGGCCUCCGUCACAGCUAUUCAACGUGCCAUCAGCACGUCUUCGACCCUGCAGUCGGGCCUUAGCAGCCCUUACAGCAGUGUCCACUUCACCGACGAUGGGUCAGGCAGAUCGAUCUGCGACUCUGCCAUCUCCAGCGCCAAUACAUCUCAUUCUAGCGGGUCGUUUGCUUCGGCCUACUCUUAUGGCUCUCGUGGCUCGCUCGGGUCGGGAGGGUCCUCCAUGCACCGGGGUCGGAGGAGGAGAAGGAGAAAGGCUGCUGCGCCCGCUGCUGCUAACAUGACCAACAGCACACCUCUACGACAGCCCCUGAAGACGUUCCAGUGUACUUUCUGCACCGAGACUUUCAGAACCAAGCACGACUGGCAGAGACAUGAGAAGUCUCUGCAUCUGUCUCUGGAGCGCUGGGUGUGCUCCCCCGAUGGGCCGGUCACCUUCAACGCUGAGAGUGAUCAGAUGCAAUGCGUUUUCUGCGGGCAUGCCAACCCCGACGAGGCUCACAUCGACAGCCACAAUCACUCUGCCUGUCAAGAGCGCGCACUGGCGGAGAGGACGUUCUACCGGAAGGACCACCUUCGCCAACAUUUGAAGCUUGUCCAUGACGCCGCCUAUCGCAGCCAGAGCAUGGAUGGGUGGAAGGUGACUACUCCAGAGAUUCGUUCAAGGUGUGGUUUCUGCGGCAUCGUGAUGGACACAUGGUCCUUCCGUACCGACCACCUCGCCGAGCACUUCAAGCGCGGUAAAUCCAUGGCUGACUGGAAGGGUGAUUGGGGUUUCGAAGACAAGGUGUUGGACAUGGUCGAGAACUCGAUUCCACCGUUUUUGAUCCACGACGAGAGAAACUCGCCUGAUCCUUUCGAAGCGUCCCACCCCCCUUUUGCUGCCAAAAACGCGUAUGAACUCAUCAAGGCAGAGCUGAGGGCUUACAUUGAUGACCGACCACAAGGUCAGGAGGCCCCGUCUGACGGGGAGCUGCUGAGUGUGGUUCGCGCUCUGCUGGAAAAGACCAGGACCAUCUCGAGGCCUUGCGUCGGUUCAACUGGGUCUUGGCUUCAAGAUUUGUUGCUGGCAGCACCGUCCGACCGGCCUACCCGCCCUUCCUACAAGUCCUCUCUCCAGCAACUCAAGAUCACCGGCAAGGGUGACAUCUUUGAGCUGGAUCCGCUGGAGCUGGAGCUCGAAGUCUAUGUCAAAGCCCGCCGCCUCCUAGGCCUGACAGCCAUGGACAGAGAGCUGCAGUCGGAAGCAGUCAACAUCAUCCGCCGCAUGGACGAGUCCUCUUCCGACCCCUCCUCCGACAUUGUCCAAUUCUUCACCCGCCUCAUCUACGCCUCGACCUCCUGGCUAACUUGCUUCCGAGCUCGCGCCCAUCUCCCAAGAUCAGAAGACGUCGUCGACGUUCCUCAACGGUCCAAAGACCCCAAGAAGAUCGACGCCGGCAUCCACAACCCAUCCCGCCUGGAAUUCGAACUGGCCGAAUACGUCCGCGAGCAACGCUCCCUCUUCGGGGAGGGGUUUGUUCCCAGUGACGACGACCUGCAAAAACGCGCUCGUGUCAUCAUCUUCGAGUAUGAUGACGGCUGGAACCAAACAGCCGCCGACGACGCGGUUUGGCUUGCCGCCUUCAAAAACAGACAUGUUUUUGGCAACGGCACCAACGACAGCAGCGCCUACGUGCCAUUGGAUCUCUCCCACGAGUCCAUGUUCCCGAAUCCAUUGCAGCUCCAGCUCGACGUGUCCGAUCCAGCAGGGCGGACGCGCAUCCCGUCCAUCUCCAACUCGUCCUCUUCACGAUCAGGGUCAGGAUCAGGGUCAGGGUCAGGGUCAGGGUCAGGGCCAGGGUCAACCUCAACCCCUUCCCCCCCAGCAGGCUUCAGAGCCAACCUUUUGGGAGACGUAAACUGCUACCAGCGCCUCGCUCGCGAACUAAAGAAAUAUGUAGCCAGUGCCAUGUCGCCCAACAACCCCAACUGUCACGUCCCUACAGACGAGGAACUGCAACACCAAGCUCGUUGGAUCAUCUAUGAAGACGACGACCCCUGGAACACAACCUGCGCCGAAAAUGCCGAAUGGCUCCGCCGCUUCAAGCGCGAUUCCGGGAUCCUCACCGACCCUUCUCUUCCGGGCUUACCCCUCUCCACCCUCUCUUGGAACAUCUCCCAAGGCGGCUCCGGUUUUGCCCCUCCAUAUACAAUCCCCCCUCCUCCCCUCCCCUCCACCUCCUCCACCUCCGACAUCCUCGUCCGGUUACGCGAGGGCUCCAAGCCUUUUCCCGCCCAAACCAAAACAGUCGACCGCUUCGUCAAAAACAUCAAAGGACGCUGGGAGGAGCCAGCAAAAGUCUUUUGUUCUCGAGAGCUGGAAAAAGGACUGGCAGAUUGGGUCAUGGGGUUGGGGUAUGUUCCCUCGGAUGGGGAGAUGAGCCAAAAAGCGAAAGAGGUGAUGGGGACGGAAAAGACGGCGGCGGAUGAUGCGGUGCUGGUGGGCAAGUUUAGGGAUAUGAUGGUUGCCAGGCUGCAGCAGUCAAAUCAAACCCAGUACCAUCAGGGCCUGGAUCUGGGCAUGAUGGACAUGUCGAGCACCAACACCGCAGGACUGACAAGCGGUGAGCUCGACGAUCUCCUCCUUCAGGACAUGGACUUUGACUUUACCGACCUCGGUGGGGGAGGUGGGUUUGACGGGAAUCUUGUGGGGUUUGAAGGCAUUGAUCUUCUGAUGCCCCAGAGGAGUAGUGGUGGGCAGCAGCAGCAGCAGCAGAUGUUCUAA